AUGACCAAGUCGUACCGUACCGUCUCUCUGAACGCCGCCAUGGCACUCGCUGGGAUACUCCCCUUGGAUCUCCGAAUACGUGAGGCCGCGUCCUUGUACGAGGCCAAAAGGGGAGUGUCGGAGCGAUUGCUUGGCGACAGAGAGAUGGAUGGGAGAAUGCCGUAUCCGGCCGGAAGGCUCUGCCUGCGGUUUACCAGCCUGGUUGACCGAGACGACCUUGAGCGUAAUAACGCUCAAGGAGUGCGCAUCUUCACUGAUGGCAGUAAAAUUGACGGCAAGGUUGGGGCCUCGAUCUCCAUAUGGAAUCGCGAGGCCGAAACCAAAGCCGUCAAGCUAAAGUUGAGUGCGCACUGCUCGGUCUAUCAGGCUGAGCUUCUUGCCCUGGACAGAGCUGUAUCUCUCGCGACGAAACGCCCGGAAGCCUCCAUCGGCAUAUACACCGACUCGAGAUCUUCGCUCGAGUCGGUGGUCGGGCGUAAUUCCUUCCAUCCCCUCGUGAGUAACAUCCGCGACAACUUGAGAGUUUGUCACACCCAGAACAAGAAACUUUCCCUGUUCUGGGUGAAAGCUCACGCGGGGCUGGAAGGAAACGAAAGAGCUGAUGAGCUCGCGAGAGAGGCGGCUCUGGGGUUGAAGAAGAAACCGGACUAUGACCGAUGCCCGGUGUCAUUCGUCAAGCGACUACUCCGUGAGGAGUCGCUGGACGAAUGGGACCGGAGAUAUAAGUCCGAAGAAACCGCGGGCACAACAAAAGUUUUUCUGCCGGAUGUACGCUUUGCCCACAAAGUGGUCAAAACCAUCGACCUAAAUGCGGUGCUCACCCAGGUGCUGACUGGUCAUGGAGGUUUCGCGGAGUACCUGCAUAGGUUCAAGCGCAAAGAGGAUCCGGGGUGCGUGUGUGAUGGCGGCCUAUCAGAAUCGAUUCUGCAUCUUCUGAUGGACUGCCCUCAGCACGACGCGACCCGCGAGGACCUGCAACAGGAGUUGCGCGUGAAGCUGUGCAGGGGCUCCUUGCCCUCCAUUCUGGGCGGGGCCUCUGGUCGAGAGGCGUUGCUCAAGUUCGCUAGCAGAGUAGCACGGGUUGCUAUUGCCAGGAACAGAGCAGUGGAUACAGACGUAUAG